AAAAUGAGAGUUGUGAGAUAGGAUGAGAGAAAGCAAAAAUGAUUUCUUCUUAAAGAACAUUACAAAAAAAAUGUCAUUAAAAAACGAAAAACAUUUUUCAGAUGGUUUUGUUCCCAUGGAUACAAACAAUAUAUCGUCACUUCCUGUUUAUAGUCCCCAUGCAGUAGAGGCGGGAGAUUCCAACAUGGCGGUGCAAGCCAAACAAAACCUGUCCAUGGACAGCGCGGCCGAGCAUGGCUUCCUCAACUUCUUCUUCUCUAUGCCGGCCAAACCAGACACCACUUUCCGCAUCUUCGACCGCAGCGACUACUUCACGGUACACGGGAAAGACGCCACAUUCGCCGCGAAGGAAGUUUUCAAGACGACCGGCGUCAUCAAGCACUUGGGUUCCGGGACUCGUAAAUUGGAAAGUGUGGUGCUGAGCAAACUCAACUUUGAGGCAUUUGUGAGGGAUUUGCUCCUGGUCAGGCAGUACCGCGUCGAAGUAUACAAGAACCACAGCAAGAGCAGCAAGGAGCACGACUGGAAGAUUGAGUACAAGGGCUCUCCGGGAAACCUCAGCCAGUUCGAGGAGAUCUUGUUUGGCGGCGGAAAUGGCGCCGAAAACUUUGCGGGGGUCGUCGCGGUGCGCGCAGCAGCCGGUGUGGUGGGCGUGGGCUACGUGGAUGCGGUGCAAUGCACCAUGGGCGUUUGCGAGUUCCCUGACAACGAGGGCUUCUCCAAUCUGGAGUCGCUCCUGGUCCAGGUCGGUCCCAAAGAGUGUCUGCUGGCUCACGGGGAGAACAGUUCUGACGGCAACAAGCUGCGGGAGGUGGUGCGGCGCGGCGGCGUGCUCGUCUCGGACAGGAAGCGGGCCGAGUUCAGUGGCAAGGAUUUGGUCCAGGACCUCAACAGGCUGCUGAGAGCCAAACGAGGAGAGGCGGUGGCGAGCAACACCCUCCCCGAGCUGGACAAGCAGGUGGCAAUGUCCUGCCUGGCCGCAGUGGUCCGCUACCUGGAGCUGCUCUCCGACGAGUCCAACUUCAACUCCUUCAGCUUGACAUCGAUGGAGCUGGGUCAGUACAUGAGGCUGGACAACGCUGCCAUCAAGGCGCUCAACCUCUUCCAGGGUGCACCCGACGACACCAGCGGCGCUCACUCGUUGGCCGGUCUGUUGAACAAGUGUCGCACUCCCCAGGGCCAGCGGCUGGUCAACCAGUGGCUCAAACAGCCGCUUCUGGACAACACUAAAAUAGAGGAGAGGCUGGACCUGGUGGAGAGUUUAGUAUGCGACUCUGAGCUAAGGCAGACGUGCCAGGAUGACCUCCUGCGGCGCUUCCCCGACCUCCAGCGUAUGGCCAAGAAGUUCCACCGUCACAGUGCCACCUUGCAGGACUGCUACCGCGUGUACCAGGCCGUCGGCCACAUCCCCGCACUCGUCGCUGUGCUGGAAAGAUCUUCAGGCAACCAUCAGGUCCUGCUGGAGGCGGUCUUUGUCUCCCCCCUCAGGGACCUCCAGGGCGACUUCAGCAAGUACCAGGAGAUGAUCGAAACCACACUGGACAUGAACCAGAUUGAGCACCACGAGUUCCUGGUGAAGGCUUCCUUCGAUCCCGUGUUGAGCGAGCUGAGAGAGAAAAUGGACGCCCUGGAGAAGAGCAUGCAGGCCGUGCUCGGCGCCGCCGCCAAAGAGCUAGGUUUGGAGGCCGGCAAGACGGUGAAACUGGAGUCGAGCGCCGUGCUGGGCUUCUACCUGCGCGUCACCUGCAAGGAGGAGAAGAGCCUGAGGAACAACAAAAAGUUCACCACGCUGGACGUGCAGAAGAACGGCGUGCGCUUCACUAACAGCAAGCUGAGCGCCCUCAACGAGGACUACGGGCGCAGCAAGGAGGAGUACGAGGAGGCCCAGAACGCCAUCGUCAAGGAGAUCAUCAACAUCGCCUCAGGCUACGUGGACCCUUUGCAGUCGCUGGGCGACGUGGUGGCCUUGCUGGACGCGGCGGUCAGCUUCGCCGCCGCGGCGGUCUCGGCCCCCGUGCCUUACGUGCGGCCCCGCCUGUUGCGCGACGGCCCCCGCCGCCUGGAGCUGCGGCAGGCGCGCCACCCCUGCAUGGAGACGGACGCCGACACCUGCUUCAUCCCCAACGACGUCUCCUUCGUCCAGGGGGAGAAGAGCUUCUACAUCAUCACAGGACCAAAUAUGGGCGGGAAGUCGACGUUCAUCCGCCAGGUGGGCGUGAUCGCUUUGAUGGCUCAAAUCGGCUGCUUUGUGCCGUGCGAGGAGGCGGAGCUCAGCGUGAUUGACAGCAUCCUGGCCCGGGUGGGGGCGGGGGACAGCCAGGUGAAAGGAGUGUCCACCUUCAUGUCGGAGAUGCUGGAGACGGCCGCCAUCUUGCGCUCGGCCACGGAAAAGUCGCUGGUCAUCGUGGACGAGCUGGGCCGCGGCACGUCCACCUACGACGGCUUCGGGCUGGCCUGGGCCAUCAGCGAGCACGUGGCCGACGAGAUCGGCUGCUUCUGUCUGUUCGCCACGCACUUCCACGAGCUGACGGCGCUGGCGGCGCAGCGGCCCGCCGUGCGCAACCUGCACGUGACGGCGCUGACGGCGCACGACACGCUCACCAUGCUGUACCGGGUCAAGCCAGGCGCGUGCGACCAGAGUUUCGGGAUCCACGUGGCCGAGUUGGCCCGCUUCCCGCCGUCGGUGGUCGCCGCGGCCAAGGAGAAGGCCGAGGAGCUGGAGGACUUCCAGGAGGCGGACGCGUCCGCCAGGGGGGGCGAGCCCGAGGCCAAGCGGCCGCGCGGCCAAAAACGGGUCGGAGAAGACUUGAUCCAGGACUUCCUGGAAGAAGUCAAGUCUCUUCCCGUCGCCGCCAUGACUGAGGACGAGGCGAGGGCGGCGUUGGGGCGAAUGAAGGAGGCGCUGCUCGCCAAGAACAACGCGUACGUCUCCGAGCUGCUGGCGCGAUGGCUUCCCGCCACCGCGUCUCCGUGAACUCGACUGUCAGGUAGCGCCUCCCCGGGGGAUACGUUCAUGUCCACCUUUUCUGACUUCAAAAUGAAAACAAAAACCCUCCAAACAUUUGAAUCUAAAAUGCUAUUUGGCUAACGGUAUCCGGUUUUCCUUUUCCCCGCAAAAACCUCGUUUUCGAUUGGACGUUGUACGGUUUAUCAAUAAAGCUUUGUUCGUGGACGUGCUUCUGAUUGACAUUUUAUAGUCAUUGUAAUCCGUCGUAAUCAGAUGUCAUUGGUGUCAUUUUGCGUUCCGAAGCGUUAACAUUCCAUUUGCGGCGUUUCUCAAUUUCCAAGAAAAAGAAAAAAGACGCGCGUACUUGGUGAGGUCAAACAAAGUGGCGAGUCUCCUUCAAAAUCUUUUUUUUUUUUUUUUUUUUUUAAUUA